CGUACAUCGACAUCGAAAAAGAACAGUGUAUUGAAAAAUAGGUUAAAGUGUAUAAAAGUGUUUAAAAAAUAAUUUCACAACAGUGUUAUAUGUGUGUGAAAUAUGGUAAAAUGCAUUAAAUAGUGCAAAUAGUGAAUAGCAGUGCAUAAAAUGAUAGAACAGUAUAGACAUGAUAGAAAGGGACAGAAAAUCUUGUCUUAAUUUUAUAGAAACAGUGGCUCGGCGGCUUAUCAAUCUUUACUAGUAAUAAUAUAAGUUGUUAUCUCGUAGUUUUGCUACAUUUUGUAUAGAAAAUUCUAAUAGUCUGUUUUUAUAGUGUUAACUGAUAGGUUAUGUUGUCGUAUCGGUUCGGAAAUACUACUGCUGGAAGUUGAUUCCAAAGAAUAGUUGUGCGUGGAAGAAAGUGCCUUGAAAAACGCAUGGUGGAAGACCGCCACUCGUCCAGAUGAUUGGGAUGAAACUUUAGUUUAUGGCGGGUUGUACGGUGGUGAAAAUCAGCAGCAGGUUAUGUUGUCGUAUCGGUUCGGAAAUACUGCUGCUGGAAGUUGAUUCCAAAGAAUGGUUGUGCGUGGAAGAAAGUGCCUUGAAAAACGCACGGUGGAAGACCGCCACUCGGGCGGGUUGUACGGUGGUGAAAAUCAGCAGCAGAUAAAUAAUGUCAAGAUACAAGCAACCACGAAAUCUCCAAAAGUUAGCGUUGAUAAAAUUGGGAGACUGGGUAGCAUUACAAGCACAAAUUCACAUGAAACCAAUCGCAUCAUUAGCUCAAAAAGAUAUUAACGGAGCACAUAUAGCACUAACAGAAAAUGUAAAUUAUAUACGCGACUUUUUGAAUUAUAACGUGCCAUGGAUGAUUCAUGAUUUGUUAUCACAUGAAGUUAUAAGAGCUUUAUCAGAUCUACUGGAAGAAACGAAACAAUCCUUGGGUUUUCGAGCGUCUAUGGGAAAAUUUGUUACACAAAUGAAUGUUAUAGUAAAGAUGACAGAAGUACUGUUCACUAAAAAUUUAACCCGUGUUUGCGUCGAUACAAUACCUAAAAUGUUACGUUCUGUGUUUUAUUCAAAGCUAUCAAUGCUGAAAGGCCUUGUUUAUCUAAACCUUGGAUCCCUUUCAGGUGGAUGGAAGACAGCCGAUAUGGAGGAAGGCGUUAUUCAAUCCCUUAAAGAAUUACACUGUUUGAAAUAUUUAUUCAUAAAUUACGAUUGCACUGACAAUAUAUUAAAAUGUAUCGUUGAUAACUGUAAUCUCAUUGAGAAGUUGGAUGUUUCUUGUUCUAAAUGUAUAACAAAUGAAAGUAUUGACAUAAUAUUAAAAUUAAAAAAUCUGAGAAGUAUACAAUUAUACAGAACUUUUGUUUCAAAAGAAGGAUUUACAAAGUUACUUUUAAAAUGUAAGACUUUAGAAGAUAUCGGCAGAUGUGAUGAUAUUGGUCGAAUAUUAGAAUUUAUUGAUUUAACCAAUUCCACAGCAAAGCCAUUCAAUUUGAAAAUUUAUGUGAGUCGCUAUGCAACUAUGCAACAUUUACAAUUAGCAGUAGAGAUGUGUCCUUACAUUCGUUAUUUGACCGUAUUUCAUAAUACGUUGCAAAGUGACCUCAUGGCAUUAGUAGGUCUCAAAGAUUUAAGGGAUUUAAAAUUGUUAUCUUGUGAUUUUUAUGCCGAUCAAGUCAAGCAAGUUUUGCAAGUGAAAGGGUGCAAUAUAACAAAUUUACAUCUUGAACAUGUGGAUCAAAUAGAUUUAAAUGCAUUAAUGUAUAUCAGUCAAAUGUGCCCUUUAUUGGAAAGCUUAACUUUAUACAAUUGCACGCUUAUACAGCAUACAUCGUUAUAUACGAAAAAAUUGGAAAUAUUACCAUACCGAAAUUUAAAAAAAAUAACUUGUGUAUCAAAAUGUACAGAUGAGCAACUGUUAUUCAUAUUUACAAACUGUUUAAAUGUUGAAUUUAUUCACACUGGAACAGCUGUUCAGUUCACAGAUGAAUUGAUUUUUAAGAUUUUGGAUAAAAAUCCACUUAUUUAUCUAAAAGAAUUAAGAAUAAUGCAGUCGGAUUUCUUAACAAUGACAUCUGUGGAACGAUUUAUUCAAAGUUGCAUGAAUUUAGAAAUAUUAGUAGAGCUAGAGAGCUGGACUUUGUUGACCGAUAGUGACCGAGAACAUAUCAGAAAUUACAUAAAAGUUAACAACUUAAACAUUGACAUAUUUCCCACACGUAGAUACGAUAUAUAAAUUGUAAAAACUAACUUGUGUAUAAUGUUGAAACACAAUAUGAAAAUACAACAUAUUUAUAUAUAAAUGUAACAUAUACUAAGUCUGAUAUAAAAACCAUUAAAGUAUUUAUAUACCUUUGACAGUUCUCUAGUAUUAAAAACUCCGUUUCCUGGGUAUAAAAUAAUGAUUUCAUCUACGUAUUCUGACACUAAAGAUCUCUCAGAAAAUAAUCUACUCAAUUGUAAUCUUGGUCUUACUGAUUGUUAUUUAAAAAGCUAUAUAUUAAAAAUACAACAGUACAGUAUUCA